UCCCACUGGAGCAAUAAAUGUCAUGUCUAGUCGUCUGGCGCGCUGUUUCAAGUCCCUAGAAGCCGCAGACUUUCUACGCCAUCUAGAUCAAAAAGCUACGCCAGACAUACAGCUGCUUACCAAUGGACAGGCCUAUGCAGAGCAGCUGCAGCAACAGUGGCUGAAUCUGCGCCCACUUUCAGCUAAUUUGGGACAGCUGACCUACAAUGAUGUUACCGCUCAACAUCGUUUCUCCUUUGUGCAAGCACCGCAAUUUAAAAAGCAGUUACAACAACUGCAUCAAUUGUAUCCACAAAAAUUCAAGUGUCCCACGCUGUUAAAGCAUCAGCGCAGUCUUAACUACAACUCCCAGUCAAACUCUAUAUUUAAGCACAGUCUGCCAGUUACGCAACUAAUUACAGACUAUUUUGUGGAGGCACAACGCGGCCUGGAACACUUUUAUAAUGUGCAACGUGAGAGCAAAAUAUGGUGGAUGCGUUACUCCUCAAAUCCCAGUCGUUAUUCCAUUGUGCCUUAUAUAACUGAACAGCAAGAAGGCUGUCAAGCCAUUGAUAUUAAAGCCAAUUUUGGCCAUGAAGCUGGUGUGACUGUGGAACAGCUGAGCUUGGUGUGUCCUCCAGCUACAGCAGAUUUAUCAUUGCCUGAUGCACGCUCAGGCCAAAUGCAACAGCCAGCAAUAAUACGAUCAAUUAUAGAACUGGAGCCAGCCAGCUGCACGCUUCUACUGGAUGGUUGUGAUCAUAAUAGAGAAGCGAGCUCGCUCUUGCUAAGCCGUGCGAUGGCACCUUAUCAAUGUGGUGUGGCUGCCAGGCAGUAUGAUAACCAAAAUUCUGCUGAUCUACACGAUCUCUGCGCACACGUAGUGGAUGUACUGCAGCGCGCAAAAAUACGCCUGCAUCAAAGCUAUACUAUAACACAAGAUGAGGAACAGUUGCUGCAGCAAUUGCAGCAAUUCGAUGGCUUGGGUGUGCCUUAUACGCUGCUGCUGGAUGAGACAGAGGCAUUGAGCACAGGUCUGUUGCAAUUGCGUAGUCGGGACACACAGCUGGCAGAGACUGUACACAUUAGUGAUUUACCAAAUUAUCUUUUAAAUAUAUUUAGAAAUUAUUAAAAUCUUACAAAACUA